UUUAAUUUUAACAAAAAGCAUCAGUAAAAUGGAGUCAAAUUCAAAUGAGGAAGAACGAGACAAAUUAAACACUGAAGAUAAGCUGUCAGAAAAGUCCACUAAAAUGUCUUCACUUACCUUGGGCACAAUACCAAUAAAAGCAGUUAUGCUUUUCUUGACAGCAACUGUGCUGACAGCCGUACUUGUUGAACUACUGCCAUAUUACACUAAAAUCAUAAAUAAGAAUAACACAACAGACACAGAAAUUAUGCCAAAUCGCAGACGAACUUAUUCAGUUUAUAGCAAUAGUCCAACGGAGGAGCAUUUGGUGCAUGUUUUGGAUUUGCUUCAAAGGUUUGGCUAUGAAAGAGUUGAGCUGGCAAAUGGUGACUGGGACCUAUUGUGGGCCCAUGAUUAUCCAUUCACGCGGAAUCCCAGCCUAAAGCAGUUGGGCGAUCAUCAGCUGGUUAACCAUUUACCCGGCUGUGGAUAUUUAACCAAUAAAGUCGAUUUGUGCACGACGCGCUUGCCCUUUUUGCCUCGCGCUUUCCGGCUGCCGGGUCAGCGGGAUGAGUUUCUGGAAUAUGCAGCAGCGCAUCCGGACGUACUCUUUGUGCAGAAGCACAACGAACACAGGCACAUCAAAGUGAAGGCUCCCAAUGAUAUUGAUCUCAAGUCGAAUAAGUCGUUUGUCCAGGAAUUCAUUCAGCGACCAUUUUUAGUGGAUGGAUUUAAGUUUGACAUUGGCGUUUAUGUUGUGAUCACAUCUGUGAAUCCACUGCGCGUCUAUAUCUACAAUGGGGAUGUCCUCUUUCGUUACUGUCCUGUCAAGUACUAUCCUUUCGAUGCCGAGAACCAGGAUAAAUACGUUGUUGCAGAUGAUUAUUUGCCCAGCUGGGAAGUUCCUUCGCUACGAAAAUAUUAUAAUAGCUACGGGGGAAGUAUGCGUACCUCUUUUGAGGCCUAUGUCCGAGAUCAGCACAAGGAUCCAUCCCAAAUAUGGACACAAGUCGAGCAUAUUAUACGCACAACUAUUCUAUCGAAAGAACAGGAUAUAACUAAUAGUCUACGUGCUUAUAAGACGCACAAGUUUUUCGAUCUAUUGCGGUUCGAUCUGUUUAUUGAUGAGGACCUCAAGGUGUACCUCAUGGAGGCCAAUAUGUCCCCGAAUCUUUCAUCCGCCCAUUUCAAGCCAAACGCACUUUUGUACGAACAGGUGCUUUACAGUGCCCUCAACUUGGUCGGCAUUCGACCUGUGACAGACUCUGGAACUGGUAGCAGCAAGCUCUCUGAAAUUGUGACUGCUGAUAAAAAUUUGGCAACGGGGCUCAAUAAUUGUGCAAAUAACGAUUGCAACAAAUCAUGCAACAAGGCAGAGUGCAGCUUGUGUGUGCCUUGUUUGAGUGGCACGGAAUAUGAAAUGCUUCGGAGUGCACACGAUGAGCACCUGCAUCGCAUCGAUAUGAAGCGCAUCUUCCCCAAGCCAAUACAUAAUUUUGGGACAUUUGAUAUUGAUGUUGAAACUAGAAAUAUGACGAAAAGAAAUGCUUGGAUAUCUCGUUGGUUCUACAAUAAAUGUGAAUAUGACCGUAACUGGUGCACGUGACACCAUCCGUUCUUACGGCGGAUCACAAGACAACUGAAAUAUUAAUUUGUUAAUGACAAUUUAAAAUUUAAACGAAGACUGGAAGAAGAAAGCAAUGACAAAAUUAGCUUAAUAUAUAUGGGAGUUCUAUUUUGACCCAAAACAGUAAUAAAAAUCAUAUCAAAGUGCUCGAA